AUGGCGGUUGCCACGCGUCAGUCAGCAAGCAUGGGGGCAGGUGGGGAGCCGGCGAAUAACUCUCUGACAAAGCUUGAUGACAUUUUUGCUGCCUUUUGGGCCAGGAUGUCGGAGAGGAUGCUGAACAAAACACCAGCUAAGCGGACCACUCCUGCACUCACACCCCCGACCCUCUCAUGCUCCAAGGGCGGAUUCAGAAUGAUAACCGCUAACAGUGCCCCAAAAAGGCGCCGACAACGGGACCAGCAGCACAGACAGAAACGAAAAGCCUGUCCUAUAUCCAGCACCCACACUCACCUCAAGCCACCACGACGCCGCACAGGACCAGAGGCACCCUGCCCAUCAGGACAGCGCCCACUACCUGACAAAGCAAACCUCCGCCACUACAGGCCGGAUGCCUGGCACUUAGCCACAUAUAUGCCUUUGACACUCCAGGCGACAGGGGCUCUCGGGAACUGCGCUUGGCGCCCAGAAGGGAUCGGAUGA